AUGCCCUUGGAUCCAGAAAUAGACCCCAAGGUAACAGAGGUUGGUCUCAAUCAAUCAGAGGCUGAACAAAUACAGCUAGCAGCAAUGGCUGCGGCGGCUGCUGGAUCGCCUGGCAGGCCUGAUGAUUAUGCCUCCUUCAUUGAGCAAGCCGUAGCACAUCAGCAAGCCGAACAACAACAUAACCAACAACAACGGCAUCAAGAUAGCCAAGAACCUUCAAACAUAGUGACCUUACCUUCAAAUUUGCAUCAACCAAUGACAACGACAGAAUUGGCUCUCAAAGCACUCAAUGGUUCGUCCAAUGUCACUGAACGUACUCCGGGCCCCUUCAAUGAUGUAAAAAAUGAUAUACCGAUCCCCAGUCGAUAUGAUGCGGAGUCAAAUGAUAGCCAUCUUGAUUUUGUUUCAAUGGAUCCAGGAACUUCCAAAGAUCAAUCGAUAAAUAGACCCAAUCUUUCUAGUGUAUCAUCUCCACUGGAAAGCUCCUCAGAUCAUAACUAUAGCGAGUCCAUUAUCUCUAAGUUUCGUCUCGACUCUCUACCUGUUAUUGGGCCUGGUUCUCGUGGGGGCAAGGUCAGGCUAAGGGGUGGUAAAAAUCCUCAGCUGAUCAGAGACAGAAGAACAAAUCAUCAACUGAAAGGAUUCAAGACAAUAUUUGAGAACCCCUCAUCAAGAGAAAUUGUAACUGUGAUUGAUGAUAGAAACGAAAAUUACAAAGACAAAAGUGACACAUCGAAGAAUACGGAGGAAUUUAUACCUUCAGAUCCUGCUAAUCAUCCUCGCAUUAUUUUAGAAGAUUAUAAUUCCAUUGUCACAAGAGGAAUUACAACUGCUCGAGAUGAUGCUCCCAAAAGAGGAAGAGGUCCAAGUAAGAAAAGACUUCUUGAAAUGGGGAUAUCAGUCACUCCGGUUGUGAAGAAGCUAAGAGGUAGACCAAAAGGCAGCAAGAACAGAGCUACCAAAUCUUCUUUUCAUUUGGGUACCAAAGAAGAUCUUAAUCUCAAUCCAUGGGAUCCUGCUAUAUUAUCGAUCGCCGAAUCAGUGGAAAGUGGCUUAGAGCAUCAUCCCAUUGCACUAGGUUACCCAAUACGGCCCACAAGUAUUGCCAGAGACAUUCUAUAUAUUAGUGGAGUGAUAAAGCAAAUACGUCCUGAUCUGCCGUUGAGUCCACAGGACUUUGAAGCCGGGUUACAACUCAACAACAAACUAACAGUGGAUGAACCUUCUUCACUUGCGAAUAUUGCACAACUAUCUCUCGCACAAUCGUAUCCUCUGGGAAAUGCCAGUGAAACAAUGAAAAUUGUAUAUGGAGUUCUUGUGGGUUCGAUAUUGGAUAUGCCACAAAGUACCCUUGACUCAGGUGACUAUUCAAAGUACUUUCAAUUAUUAUCAGAAAGGAUCUCAGUUUCUGGUUUGGAACUGAAUGGCUUCAACCUGGAUAAACCUUUUCUCAACCAGGGACUUGAUGACUUGUCUGCCAAUGAGCGGCUUAAAUUGCUAACUUCUUUGGCUCAGUUGGCUGCAGGAAAGAAUUUUGGUGAUGAUUUUGACCCUGUCCAACAAUUUGAGAUUUUAAGAUUAGGCACAGUUGGAACCUUUUAUCUUGCAAAAAGUGCAGGCCAUUUCAAAAUGUAUACCAAGCUUCCGGCCGCAGUGCGUGUGGAAAACAUUUGGGCUUCUACAGUGAUAGUGACAGAAUCUCUCACUCGUAAAAAUGACUUAUGGUAUGAAGUAUGUGAAAAUAAGGAAGAGUUGAGCACAUUCAUAGCUUAUUUGUCAUUCAGAUUGAGCCCUUACUCUAAACAGAAUAUGAAGGAGUUCAGUUCUUUAAUACCAAAGAGAACCAUUCGCAAUUCCGCUCUAGCUGGAGCUCUCACAAAAUUUGUCGAACACUUAAAGGAUUUUAGAAAGCAAUUACUAUGA